GUUGCAGAAACAUUGUUAUUGCUGAUGCAUUAGCAUAACAUGCAAGACAAGAAAGGUUGUCAUCACUUCUAUUAUAACAGACUUGGCUGAAGGAGUAAAGCAGCUUUCAUACUCCUGGCUACCCCAUCAAUAUCUGAAUGGGUAGAGGAUAAGUGAAAUACCCACAGAAGGAAUAAAUGGAUCCGCCUGAAAUAAAAAAGACGUAGAGUGUAAAAAAAACCAAAAACCCACAAACCCUCACAUUUACAGGUUUAUAGCCAAAAAAGUCUAUGAAAAAGCAGAAUUUGUAUUAUCAUUCUCACAAGCAGGGACUUAAUAAAUUCACUUUAGUCCAUCAGAUGAAACAGAACAAAACUGUAGUUUUCCUGAUGCUGUGGGAAACUUUAGAAAACGCCAAACAAUUUAAGCUUGUAAAAGUAAUCUUUGCUUGUCUGACUAUUAUAAAAAGAGAAACAGAUGCUCACAACUGGAAUGUGCUUAAAUGAGGUUGAACAAAUUUUUCAAACAUCUGAGAAUGUUUUCUGUGCCACCAAGGCACAGGAGAAAGAUCAGAUCAGUGCAUGCUGGCAAGCACAGCAAAAUGUCAUGGCAAAUAUGAAACAUCAAACCAGAAAAACUACAGUCACAAAAGAAUGACAGAAUAUUCCAAGAGGGUACAGUGCCUCUGUGAGAGACUUCUGCAACUGAGGUAUCAAUAUCCACAUUUUCAUAGGGGAUCAAGGGGGCAAAGAAAAAAAAACAGACCAACCAACCAACCCAAACAUUUGUUCUAAGACCAGAGUGAAAAAUCUGGGGGGAUAAUUUCAACAGUAAAAAGAGAUACUUCUUAAAAAGAAAUUAACUUUGCUUUCCUUCUAAGCUACCUUUUAAUUUAAGCAUUUCAGAUGUUAUAACCCGUAAAACAUCUGAGACCUGGAUUGUCUUUGAGUGCAGCCAGCUUUGCCAGCCUGAUCAGUUUAAGAUCUGACCCUUAUACACUUUGGCUAAAAGUACUGUCAUUUACACAGGUGAAUAUACUCUGACGCAAGUCUCUGGAUUUACACAGGUGUGGCAGAAGAAUUUGGCAGGAUUUUACUAAUUUUAAACAAUAAAAAAACCAAUAUGAGAUCCACUUUUGCAGUAGGUUACAGCUGUAUCAAUCCAAUAAUGUUAUCAAUCCAUUAUAUGGUGAUGGUACAGCUCCACAGCUUAUUAAUGAAACUAAGAAUUAUUUAAGCUGUGUCCAGCAGGAAACUGAAACUGAACCUAACACUCCUACAGUUAAAAUCCUCAGGUUUCAUUAAAGAAAUAUUCAUUUAUUGUUUGAUACUUUUGUCAAGUUUAUAUUAAAUUUUGAAAGAAACUGUAACAGUCUGGUUUUGGAACCUGUCACUCCUAUCAUUGAUUCACCCAUAGACAGUGUCCCAUUAGUACAGCACUUUCAUGUAUUAAAUGGAACCAUCUUUUUUUAAAAAUCAAAAAAAAAAAAGUUUAUAAAGACCCACUACAUUGGCAGGACACCUGAGAGGCAGGUCUUGUAUCUUGGAAGGUUUUUUACAAACUGCCAGCCAGAUGUGCAAUGCAGAGCAAACACCCAACUUUUCAGUGUUUUACACAUUAUUUUCAGCUUGUUUUGACCAACUUUAGAUUAUUUAUGUGACUCAGAAGGAAACAGAAGAAAUAAAAGGGACAGUAUAUUUGAAGUAGGCUUUGCUCAUAUCAAGUUCACUUAAAUGGAGUGACACAAACAUCAGCCCAACAGGCUUGUUGUGGAACUUAGACCAUAAUAAAGGGGGAAUCAGGCUCAGGAUAACUUAAUAUUAAUUUUUGGUACAUUUGCAACAAAAUUUUAGCUGUAUUUGAUGUUUCCACUAAACUAGAAUGCAGCUUGGAGACGGUGAGGGAAGGUGGGAGUCUGAAUAAACACAUCUGGCAAAAAAGCAAGAUAAUUCAGGUCCGAAGGGUCAUUCCCUUCAGUUCAAGUGCAGUGGAUUGCCCUUCCUGGAUCCAACAGUAGGGGCGUGGGAAGCUUUCAGAUGUCACAGGGUUGUAGAUAACAUUUGAACAUAUGAUUAGCUUUCGUGAGCUGUCUUUAGAAACCGUACAUUUUUCCCCCACACACCUUAGCCAGAGAUCCUUCCCUUGAGGUUUCGGGAUACUUAAAAUGUUGCUUUGCCAAAAUCAAGGAUGUGGAGAAGGUUUUCCUGUGUGAUGUCAUGUUGCUGCCCUUUAUAAGCCUCUGCAGAGAAGAAGGGAUCCUGUCUGAGGAUUCACACUCCACGCACGAGGGGAGGCGAGGAGCUGACGUUGACCCACCAUGGAACAGCAAGCCAUUCCCCAGGGCGUUCCCUGCAGCUCCCUGCUCCUGCUGCUCUGCAGCCUGAAGGCUUCCCUCGCUUUUCCCAACUCCUCUCCGCUGCUGAGUCCCAGCUGGGGCAGUGGAGACCACCUGAUGCAUCUCUACACUGACACGGAGAGGAGCAGCUUCCACCUCCAAAUCAACGCUGAUGGCUACGUCGAUGGCGCUCCUCACCAAACCAUCUACAGUGCCCUAAUGAUCAAGUCUGAGGGUGCUGGCUCAGUAAUAAUCACAGGUGUGAAGAGUGGACGCUACCUGUGUAUGGACAUGAAAGGAAACAUAUUUGGCUCGCAUUACUUCAGCCAAGAGGACUGUGUGUUCAACCACAGGACACUAGAAAAUGGGUACGACGUGUACCAGUCCCCCAAACACCACUUCUUGGUGAGCUUAGGCAGAGUUAAACAAGCCUUCUCCCCUGGUAUGAAUCCACCACCGUACUCCCAGUUUUUGUCCAGGAGGAAUGAGAUCCCUCUGUUCCGAUUCAACACGCCCGAGCCCCACCGACACACCAGGAGCGCAGACGUCGAUCCGGUAGAUCCUCACCAGAUCCUGGUCCCGCAGAGGAAGACCCCGGUGUUUGGCUCCCUGCAGCAGCAGCCAGCAGACCUUCCCCACAUGCCCAGGGAACCCAUGAGGAUCAACCAGAACGACGUGGUGAACCCCGAUGAUCCCCACGCCAUGAUGGAGGCCAGGAGGUACCCAAGCCCUCGCUUCUACAUCACGAGAUAACCGUGGCCCCUGCACUCCCCAGGCGAAGACAGAGGCAAA